AUGGCGCCGACUGGUGGUUUGAUAAUGACGUGGAUUGUGUUUUUAUUGAACAUCGGUGUUUCCAUUUGUUGGGAUAACGACGAUUUGGAAUUAUUCGAUCUAGUUGAAGAAGUGAACCAAAAUUUCUAUGAUGUUUUGGGUGUGGAAAGGGACUGUACAAGUAGUGACAUCCGCAGAGCCUACCGUAGACUAUCAUUGCAGCUCCAUCCAGACAAAAAUAAGGAAGAAAAUGCUGAAACAAAAUUCAGACAGCUUGUAGCAGUUUAUGAAACACUGAAAGAUGAAGACAAAAGGAAACGAUAUGAACUUGUGCUGGAGAAUGGUCUGCCUGACUGGAGACAACCAGUCUUCUACUACCGACGGGUGCGCAAGCUUGGAAUGCUGGAGUUACUGGCCUUUUUGUGUAGCAUCUUAACCCUAGGCCAAUACCUUGUCCUCUGGUCUAUAUUCCUUGAGAAAAAGUUUUCCAUGGAAGAAGACCACGAAACUCGAAGGAAAAAAAUUGAGAAGAAAUUACGGAAAAACAAGCAGGAACUGGAGGACCAGUUUGAUGAACUUCAGGAGGAAAUGGAUUCCUUACCCAGACCAAAAGUCUCUGACCUCUGGCCAAUCCGACUGGUCAAGUGGAUUGUCCAUUUCACUAUCAACCUUCCUACCACAGUCAGAGAGACAGCUGUAACUCUCCGUGAGCUGAUGCAGAAAAGAAACGCAGUUGUGGAAGAUGAAGAAAAUGAAGAUGAGGAUGCAGAAGAAGAUGCAGCUAGAAAGACAAAGAAAAAAGCAAGAUCAGAUUUUGUGGACAUUGUGCCAGUUUUAUGUACUGAUGCUGCCCCAGUGGUUUACACUGAGAUGUUAAAGCCUAGUACAACAGAGGAAACAAGUCCUGACUCUGUUCGGGCUGGUGAAUGGACAGAUGAAGAACUGGCGCAGUUGUCCAAGGCAAUGACAAAGUACCCUGGAGGGUCGGUCAACAGAUGGGAGAAGGUUGCCAGUGUUGUUAACAGAACGGUACCAGAGGUGAUAGCCAAAUCAAAAACACUCAAGACAUCCUACGUCAACAAGCUGGAUGCAUCUUUACAAAGCGGAGGUUUAAAGGGAGGUAAGAAGUCACAAGUGAUAACAGAGGAAAUGAUUUCACACAAAUCUGAUUAUGAGGGAAAGGUGAACGAAGAUAUGAAUGGAGAAGUCAAAAGUGGGGAUGUACGCAGGCGUCACAAACCCAAACCAAAGAAGACAGCAGAAAGGACAUUAUUAGCUGCUGCAGAAUCUAAAACAGAGGAAGGAAAGCCAAAUAUAGUGCAACCAGUUGAGUCAGCUACAACUGGUGUAAAUUCUGUGACUUCAAAGAGUACUGAUGAUGCUGAUCAGUGGAAUAAAAACCAACAGACUAUUUUAGAGUGGAAUUUACGACAGUACCCUAAAGGUACAGAUCAAAGAUGGGAAAAAAUAGCUCAGCAGAUUCCUGGCAAAACAAAAGAGGACUGUAUAUUAAGGUACAAGUACUUAGCUGAUCUAGUCAAGAAGAAGAAAGAGUUAUCACAGGGACAAUCCAACACCAGCUGAUGUUUACUCCUAUGUUAAUUAGUGUCAUCAGAAUGUAAACUAAGGUUGUUUAAGGGCUAAGAUUGUAGAACAAGACUUCACUAACAGGAAGGAGGAAUCUGUAUGACUCUUAGUUAGAAGUGAACGCAUGUUUGUAAAGACAUAAUUAGGGUAGAAAAGUAAGUUUUUGGGGCCAUUCAUUCAUAUCAUAGAUGACAGAAAGGGGAUAUUGAGAGUGUACAUGUAUAUAACUAUGGAAUGAUUCAGUGUAUUAUGCAGACACUGGAUUAUUUGUUUGUAUAUGUGUUAUAUAAUCCUGUAUAGAUAAAAAUCAAUAUGCAGUAUCACUCUUCAGAAGAAUGGAUUAAGUCCACCCUGACCAAAGUUUGGAGAACAAAAUAUAUACUUAAUUGUUUUCCGUCUCUGUCCAUAACAGCAUUGUACUAUGCAUUAACAUCACUACUUUAUAAAAUACAUUCAUAACAAUAUAUAAAGUUUGAAACCAAUAAAUUUGUGUAGUGUAUAUAUUGUGUAGUAACACUUAACACUGAAUCGGUGUUACGAAUGUUAAGAGUUACGGGCCUUGGUCAUGUGGAGGCUCCAGCAUACAAAAUGGACCGGCUGUAAAAGGACUUGAUUGAACUGAAAAUCUUUAAUUUGCCUUUUGUUAAAUCUGAAGUCAAAUAUGAAAUCUAACACCUAGAUCUUCUCUCUUUAGUGUCACUUCUUCGUGGAAACAUCAUCGUUAGUUUGCCAAUCAAGAAAUGUCUUUUUAUUGUAGUGAUUAAUGUGUAUGCAGACGAAGUCCUUAUUGAGAGUAGUUUAUUUCUCUUCACCAUGCACUGAACAAAAAAGAUUCAGGACAAUCUCGACUUUUAUGAGAAUUUACACGUUAUGAUGUUAUACUGGGAAAGAUAAUUGGUAUGUGUGUCCCAGAAGUAAGGUACUAAUUCAAAUUCAAGUUUUCAUUAACACGUAAAUUUGAAGAGAAAGUUAGACAGAAAAAAAUGAUUUUGUACCUCUUCAAUCAGAUACGAAAAUGCAUGCAUGUUUCAUGUUUCAGUAUGCCUGAAAAAAAAACAGUAACAUUUGUGCUUGAAUUUAAUAUACAUUUGUCAUAGAAUGAAACCCCUGUGUUUGUCAAGGUAAAUUUCAGUAUUGUUUUAGUAAUAUAAAAAAUCUUAGUUAUCAAUUAUUUAUGAUGUGAAUAAUCAUGGUGAGACAUGUUUAUUAUUUAUCCUUCUUU